AUUCGCAUCCGCUCGCUCUCUCUCUCUCUCUGAACCAAAUUGCACAAAUAAAAAACCUGAGAGGAAUUCGACUUUCGACGCAGAGAGAGGAAGGAAGGAACAGAGAAUUUCAGGGGAAAGGGAAAUUGGAGAGCAAGGGCUGGUGUGCUUCGCUUCAAUUCAUUACAAGUUGUUUUUGAAGCUAUGAGUUGCUGCUGAGGUGAAAGGGAGAAGCUUUAUCGUUUCUCGCCGGCGUCUGUCUGUGUCUUUCUGGUGCGAUGAAGAGGUCAAGAGAUGAGGUCCAUAUGGCUGCACAGCUUAAACGGCCCAUGAUCGCGUCCAGAGGAGAAACUUCGGGGCACCCACAGAUGCUGGGAGGAGUUGGAGCAGCAGUAGCUGCGGGUGCUGGAGGAGUAGGAGGAGGGGCAGCAGCUGCAGCAGGAGGGGUAGGUGCAGCCCAGAAGCUUACCACGAAUGAUGCACUGACUUAUCUCAAGGCUGUAAAGGAGAUAUUUCAGGACAAGCGGGACAAAUAUGAUGAUUUUCUUGAGGUUAUGAAAGAUUUCAAAGCUCAAAGAAUUGACACUGCCGGCGUCAUAGGAAGGGUGAAGGACUUAUUUAAAGGGCAUCGUGACCUAAUUUUGGGUUUUAAUACCUUCUUGCCUAAGGGGUAUGAAAUCACUCUUCCACUGGAAGGCGAACAACCUCCACAGAAGAAGCCAGUGGAAUUUGAAGAAGCAAUUAGUUUUGUUAACAAAAUUAAGACAAGGUUUCAGGGUGAUGAUCACGUUUACAAAGCUUUUUUAGAUAUUUUGAACAUGUACAGAAAGGAUAACAAAUCUAUCACAGAGGUUUACGAGGAGGUGGCUACACUUUUCAAAGACCACCACGAUCUGCUUCGGGAGUUUACUCACUUCCUACCUGAUAAUUCUGCUUCAGCCUCUACUCAUUUUGUUUCUUCGAAUAGGAACUCUAUUCUUCGUGAUAGGAGCUCUGCAAUGCCUGCAAUGCGUCAAAUGCAUGUUGACAAGACCUGUCAGAAAGAACGGACUCAUCCUGAUCGUGAUUUCAGUGUUGAUCGCCCUGAUCCAGACCAUGAUCGGGCUCUGAUGAGAGCAGGAGAUAAAGAGCAAAGGAGGCGAGUUGAAAAAGAAAAAGAGAGAAGGGAAGAUAGAGAUAGGAGAGAACGUGAUGACAGAGACUAUGAGCAUGAUGCAAAUCAUGACUAUAGCAUGCAACGGUUUCCUAAUAAGCGGAAACCUGGUCGUAAGUUGGAAGAUUCUGGUGCUGAGCAUCAUGUUGGUGUGGGGGAUGAUAACUAUGGAAUGCAUCCCAUGUCAUCAAAUUAUGAUGAUAAAAGUGCUGUUAAAAGUGCAUUGAGCCAAGAGCUAGCUUUCUGUGAGAAAGUGAAGGAGAAGUUGCGUAAUCCUGAUGCUUACCAGGAAUUUUUGAGGUGCCUCCAUCUUUACACGGAAGAAAUAAUCACUCCACCAGAGUUACAAUCUUUGGUGGGAGAUUUAAUUGGAAGAUAUCCUGAUCUUAUGGAUGGCUUCAAUGACUUUUUGUCACGUUGUGAAAAGAAUGAGGGCCUACUUGCUGGCGUUGUGAGAAAAAAACCGUUUUGGAAUGAAGGUAAUUUCCCUAGACCUGUGAAGGCAGAGGACAGGGACAGAGAGCGUGUGCUCGAGAGGGAUGAUGGGGCCAAAGAAAGGGAUCGUGAAAUGCGAGAAAGAGAUAGACUUGACAAAAAUGUAGCCUUUAGCAAUAAAGACACAGGAAGUCACAAGAUGCCCUUGUAUUCUAGCAAGGACAAGUUUUUGUGGAAACCUGUCAGUGAACUUGACCUAUCUAACUGUGACAGCUGCACUCCAAGUUACCGACUUCUCCCAAAGAAUUAUCCCAUUCCUAUGGCAAGCGCAAAGAAAGGGAUUGGUGCUGAAGUUCUGAAUGAUCAUUGGGUAUCUGUCACUUCUGGAAGUGAAGAUUACUCGUUCAAGCACAUGCGCAAGAACCAGUAUGAAGAAAGCCUAUUCCGAUGUGAAGAUGACAGAUUACUAAGGGUCUUUAUUGUUUGUAGGUUUGAGCUGGAUAUGUUGUUGGAAUCUGUCAACGCCACUACCAAACGUGUCGAAGAGUUGUUGGAGAAAAUCAACAACACAAACAAAGGAGAUGGUCCCAUCUGUCUUGAAGAGCACCUAACAGCUCUCAAUCUGAGGUGCAUUGAACGUUUAUACGGCGACCAUGGACUUGAUGUAAUGGACGUAUUAAGAAAGAACGCUUCUCCCGCUUUGCCUGUGAUAUUAACUCGUUUGAAGCAGAAACAAGAAGAGUGGGCUAGAUGUCGUGCAGAUUUCAACAAAGUUUGGGCUGAAAUCUACUCUAAGAACUAUCACAAAUCACUUGAUCAUAGGAGCUUCUAUUUCAAGCAGCAGGAUACAAAGAGCUUGAGCACCAAAGCUCUUUUGGCAGAGAUAAAAGAAAUUAGUGAGAACAAGCGCAAAGAGGAUGACAUGCUGCUAGCAUUUGCUGCUGGAAACAGGCGUCCAAUCGUACCUAAUUUGGAAUUUGAGUAUCCCGAUCUUGAUGUUCAUGAGGAUCUGUAUCAGCUAAUCAAGUACUCCUGUGGGGAAGUUUGUACAACUGAACAGCUCGAUAAGGUCAUGAAGAUUUGGACCACUUUCUUAGAACCAAUGCUUGGUGUUCCUUCUCGACCUCAAGGUGCGGCAGAGGACACUGAAGAUGUCGUGAAGGCAAAGCCUCUUUCUCCCAAGCACGGAUAUAGUGAUGGAAACCCAAGCGGUUUUGCUGCCAUGGACAGCUCAAAAAACAUGGUAAAUCCUUCAAGAAAUGGAGAAGAAAUUAUCCAACCUGAGCAACAAUCAAGUUCAACUAAAGUCUGGUUAGAUAAUGGGGUUAAAGAAAACGGUUCUCCUGUCAUCACCAACCAUGCUGCUCGUAAAAAUGAUACUUUGUGCAGUACCCUUCAGCAUGAUAGUAAGUUACAGAUUGCUCCGUCUGCAGCUUCCGAAUCUUCUGGGGCUGGUAAGCAACCUACUUCAGGCGAACGGUUGGCUAAUUCAAGUCCUUCACUUGCUACAGUGGUGGAGUUAAGUAAUGGAAAAGCAAAUCCUGAAUCAGGUCCUGUUGCUGCUUCAUCGAAACCAAGUAAUGGUGUCACUAGUGGUGGUGGGAUUGCAGUAGGUUCCAGUAAAGAAGUUUUUCCACCAACAGAGGCUGGUGAAUUUCCUAGGCCAGUCGUAUCAACAAAUGUGGUUGCGGUAGAGGGUAGUAAAGGUCAGAGAUACAAUGAAGAAUCAAAUGUGCAGUUCAAAAUUGAAAGAGAGGAGGGGGAGUUGUCUCCAAAUGGAGGAGAUUUUGAGGAGGAUAAUUUUGCUGCAGUUUAUGGAGAAGCUGGUUCAGAGGUUGUUAGUGCUGCAAAUAAAUCUAAUAGAGAGAGACAAAAGAAUGUGGAAGCAGUUGAAACGCAAAAUGGAGAGGCAGCAGGAGAGAAUGAUGCUGAUGAUGAAGGUGAGGAAAGUGCUCAAAGGUCAUCAGAGGACAGUGAAAAUGCCUCCGAAAAUGUUGCCGAUGUCUCCGGGAGUGAGUCUGGUGAUGGUGAAGAGUGCUCCAGGGAAGAAGAGCAUGAAGAAGAAGAUGGGGAUCAUGAUGAUGAGAAUGAUAAUAAGGCUGAGAGUGAAGGUGAGGCCGAAGGAAUGGCUGAUGCUCAUGAUGUUGAGGGAGAUGGGACAACAGUUUUACCAUUUUCAGAAAGAUUCCUUCUCAAUGUGAAACCUCUAGCAAAGCAUGUCCCUCCGGCAUUGCAUGACAGAGAAAAGGGUUCAAGAGUUUUCUAUGGGAAUGAUUCGUUUUAUGUGCUUUUUAGACUUCACCAAACUUUGUACGAAAGGAUACAGUCUGCAAAGAUCAACUCAUCAUCUGCUGACAGGAAAUGGAGAGCAGCUUCAAAUGACACAAGUUCCACCGAUCUGUAUGCUAGGUUUAUGAGUGCUCUUUACAACCUGCUUGACGGAUCUUCUGACAACACAAAAUUUGAGGAUGACUGCCGAGCAAUAAUUGGGACACAGUCCUAUGUCUUAUUUACUUUGGAUAAGCUUAUAUAUAAGCUAGUCAAACAGCUCCAAACAUUGGCAACUGAUGAGAUGGACAAUAAGCUACUGCAGUUAUAUGCUUAUGAAAAAUCGAGAAAUGCUGGAAGGUUUGUUGACAUAGUUUAUCAUGAGAACACACGCGUCCUCCUUCAUGACGAGAAUAUAUACAGAGUUGAAUGUUCUUCCGAGCCAACCCGGUUGUCCAUACAGCUGAUGGACUUUGUACAUGACAAGCCUGAGGUAACUGCAGUUUCCAUGGAUCCAAACUUUUCUAUGUACCUCCAGAGUGACUUCCUCUCCGUUGUUCCGGAGAAGAAAGAGAAGCCCGGGAUUUUUCUGAAGAGGAACAAACGUAGGAAUGCCGUUGGUGAUGAAUUCCAAGCCAUGGAAGGAUUUCAGAUUUUCAACGGUUUAGAGUGCAAAAUUGCUUGCAAUUCUUCCAAGGUAUCGUAUGUUUUAGACACGGAAGAUUAUCUGUUUCGGACAAGAAGAAAAGGAAGGAGAACCCUCCCACAGAACUGUUCGCCAUCCAAUCAGGGAAAGAGCUGCGAAAGACAAGAGCGGUUCCAAAGAUGGUUAUCUAGGUCAUAGCACUGGAUACUCUACCCAUGGCUCCCCCCUUCUUUAACAUCCUGGUAAGAACACACUGCAUUUUUAUUUUGGGAUGAGUUUACGCGCAACUUGCAUCGGCAUCGGGAGAAACGAACACGAUGUUGUAGGCGGAAGGAUGCACGUAUACUUCACAAAGUUCAUUGGGUCUUCUCCCUGUCAAGGGAAAAGGUGAAAUAAAAAGCCGAUUAGAAGAGGCAAAAGGCAGCAGCAGCAGCAGCAGUAAUAGCAAGGUGAUGGGGCUGCGUGAUUGAAAUGUAGUAUAGCUUUUGUACGUUAGGAGGUCAGGCAUUUUGAGCCAUCAAAAUGCUUUUCUUUCUUCUUUCUUUGUGUACAUAGAGAAGGUAAAGGAGAAUGUGAUCAUGUAAUACGUGGUGAUAGAUAUCCCUCAUCAGAUAGACUUGAUGAUGUAUUGUUCAUUUCAUUCAUCAUUCAUUUUCCCCUUACGAUCCCACGUCCUCUAUCGGCCGAGAAUACUUUCUUAAGAUGUCUGAUCUUUUCCUUUGCUUGAAGUUGCCAUUGGACCGACGCUUUCAGUGGCGGGGAGAUGAUGACAGUAGGUGGAAGAACAUGUAGGGAGAAGAGAAACACAGAUCUGUAACGGUAUUACUUGGGAGAAAUAGAGGAAUCUCGCACCUGUGGAGGACUAGAAACGUCGAAGUCACUGAAGCUAUUCUAGAGCGUGUUUUAGUUUGGAUGUGCGGACUGCCGUGGACAAAGGCAGGUUUGUGAACGGAGGUGGAGAUCCUGUGGAAGCUGCCACCUUCAUAGUAGGUUAAUCUCAAUUCAGAUAGCUCCGUCAUUCCUGAAUCAGGUUAAGGUGGCCUGAUUAGAGAUCAUACAUAAUGUUGAAUUUCUGCAUUCGCUAUUAACUUGAAGAUGAGUUCCAUCACCCGAACAGUUUUGAGAGGAUUUGUAGAAGGUUUUCAGUUGGCUUGGGAUUGGGAUUACUGUUCGGUUCUCCUGGAAUUGGACUCUCAGUGUGGGGUUCAUUCAUCUCCUACACAUGUUGCCAUCCUCGAUCUUUCCAUGAUUUAAUUGGUUGGCUGUGAUUGUGAAGUUUCUUUCUAUUAUAUAUACCGAGAGGAGAACAAAUUUGUUGAUUUCUUAGCGAGUCGCGGUCACUCUUUACCAUUGGG